CUUGAAACACGAAGUAUCCAGUAGUAACAGACAAUAACAGACGCGUCGUGUCCACACAAUAAUUUAAGGUUAUCUUCUACCACAAAAUUUCAAAAAACUGAACUAUUUCACAAGAAACUCUCCAAACUCCUGCAAGAAUCACAAGUGUACUAUUAAUGGCAAUUAGUCGCUGAUAUCCAAGUAUAAACAAUGCCAAAAUAUUACUGUGACUACUGUGACACGUACCUAACCCAUGACUCGCCGAGUGUACGAAAGACUCAUUGUCAGGGACGUAAACAUAAAGACAACGUAAAGUAUUUCUAUCAGAAAUGGAUGGAGGAACAAGCACAGCAACUAAUCGACGCCACAACCGCAGCGUUUAAGGCAGGAAAAAUUGCGUCCAAUCCAUUCGCAGCGAACAAGGGUGCAGCGAUUCCUCCACCGCCUAAUCUUGGACCAAGACCUGGAGUACCGCCUCAGGGUCCUCCAGGUAUGAUGCCACCGCCAGGAAUGCAUGGCGGCCCGAUGGGUCCCGGAGGUCCGAUGAUGAUGGGUCCGCACGGACCAAUGCCUCCUAUGAUGGGCAUGAGACCUCCUAUGAUGGGACCUAUGGGACCAAUGGGACCGAUGAUGGGGCCUAUGGGUCCUAUGGGUCCAAUGAGACCACCGAUGAAUGGACCGCCGCCUCCUAUGGGAAGAACAACUACUAAUGAAGAAAUAAUGAAAUCGUUUAAAUGAUGUGGUUUUCUAUAUAUACAUGUUGUAUAUUUAAUUCUAUUAUAGUCAUGUACAUAUAAAUAUAAGCUUUAAAGUACAAAUUUUGUUUGACGAUUCAUGAUAUUUUUAGAACAUUGGAAUAUUUACAGGAAAACUCGAAACCUUGAGAGAAUUAAAUAGUAUUCAAAUAAGACUAAUAGUAACUUGUAGUUUUUGUAUUGCAAUGAAAUAUCUUGUCAAUAAACUAUACUUAUUAAUCAAAACGAGACAAAGUAUUGAUGUAUCUAUACUGAUAUUGAAAAGAUGAAAAAUUGUUUGUAUGUAGCGAGUAAUCUC